AUGGCCGGCACGGCCUACCCUCGGCCCCUCCGCGGACAGUCCUUCUACCUGGACCUGCCGAGCGGCCGCAGCGCCCGAGAGCUGGUGGAGGCCAUCGGGCGGCUCGGUGGGGUGACAGAAAGCUUCCUCAGCAAAGAAAUCACCUGUGUGGUGUCCAGCAACAGAGAGGCCAAGCGGGGCCAGGCCAGGACUUGGGAGGAGAAGCAGAGCAGCCCAACUGCAGAAGGCACAAAGACCACGAGCUCAGUGCCUGCUGCCCCCAAAGGGAACUCAACCAGACCUCGCCAGAAGCCACCAUACACUGCACUGCUGAGCCGGGGGAAGGAGCUGCUGCACAAGGCCAUGAAGAACCAGGACACCUGCAGUGGCAGCAGCAUCCUCGCCAACGCUCGCCUGUGGGGAGUCCAGAUCCUGCAUGUGGAUGAAAUGUUGUCCUAUGCCCAGCAGCUGCUGCGAGCCAUCUCAGGAGCAAGGAAGCAGUGCCAGAAGACAGAGGUGAAAUGCCCUGCCUCCAGAUCCAAAAUUCAUAAAGGAAAACUGAAGCCCCCUUUUCUGAAAGUUGAAGACCAGAGCAGGCAAUUCCGGCCCUUCCAUCACCAGUUCCAAAGCUUUCCUGACCUCAACUUCUUGGCACCCAAAAGCUCCAGCCCAUUUGAGCCUCUGAAAAGCCUCUCCAAUUCCUGCCAAGCCAGGGGUGCUGAGGGCUGUGCCCUGCACAGUGCCAUGGGGAAGAGUCCCCGCUCCACACACAUCACCGUGCCCAGGAAAAGGAGAGGGUUUUGUGAGUGCUGCCAAGAGACCUUUGAAGAGCUGCAGAAGCAUCUCCAGAGCCCCCAGCACCAGCGCUUUGCCCGGGACAGCUCCCAGUACAUCCCUGUGGAUCGUGUCAUCUCCCAGCUCACCAGCAGCUUUGAGGAGUGGUCAGCCAGGGUGCCCUGGUCUUGCCUGGCAGAUGAACAUGUAGUGCCUCAAGCACACAGCACUGGAGGAAUCAAGCUGCUGCCAGCAGGGCUGGGAAAGGAAGGGGAGCAGCCUGAGCAGAAUGCUGUGGAACUGGGAAAAGAUACAGAGCUGGAUCAUAGCCUGAAAACCAAGGGAUGUUCCCCCUUCCUGCCCAGGGACAGGGUCAGAGAUCCCAGAGGAGGAGGGAGCUUGUCAAAGCACAGCUCCGUGCAGCUGCCCAGGGGAGCAGGGCUCAGCAGAGGGAUCUGUGCUGCCCAUGGCACCGUGGGGGAGCCUGGGCUAGGGGCUUCAGAUUUAGGCUUGGCUCCUGAGCUGGGCCAGGGGCCUCGUGCAACACCCACUCCUGUCAGGGAGGCAAUGGCUUCUUCAUUUGAACCUCAUGCACAGCCUGGGUCUGUCAGCCACCCUCCCCAAGCACAGCCUGCCUCCAGGAAGCGCCAGCUGUGCUCUGGACAGAGCUCCCAGGUGGGAAAGAGGCCAAGGCUGGAGCUGAGUUUUGGCCUCUCCCCUGUGGGUGAGCAGACGGAGCUGCUGGGUGGUGGGAUGGGGGCACAGGGUGCAGGGCAGGUGUCUGAGCCAGGCCUGCCCCUGGGCACAGAGAUCUCCAACAGCCCUCACAGAUCCCUUGCAUUGGCUCUGUGCCUGUGUGAGAACCCUGGAGACCCUGUAUGCCAGCCGGGAUCCCUGGAAGCUGUGGCUGCAGGUUUUAAUGCUGGGGUUGUCACCAGCAGCGAGCAUGGCUGGAGCAGGGACAGAUCCAAAGGGAAGCAGCGAGGAGGGGACAGUGACAGCACACCUAGGAAUGGGAACCCACCUGGUCUGGAGAGCACAGCCAGCAGGACCAGCUGCCCUGCUGGCUGCCUGCCCUCUGCCUCACUGCCUGGGGCUGAAGCCAGAUGUUGCUGUGCACUCUGUGUCAGGGCAGCAGAAGAAGCAGCCCCUGGAGCUCCUGCCAUCUCCAGGCAGGGCACAGAGCAGGCACAGAGCCUCCUCCCGCCUGCUCCCCAGAGCCCAGAGGCUGCUCACAGCUUCAGCAGGAGGAGCUCCUUGGAGUCAGACUGGGAUGUGCAGCUGCUCCCCAGCCAUGCAGGUGUCCAGGGCCACAGGAUUCCAGCUGUGGACAGGAGCUUGCUCCAGCAGACACACAUCACUGUGAGGGACAGCGGGUACGAGUCUCAGCUCUGCUUAGUGCUGAAGGAAUCAGAGCUGGCCUGGGCAGGCCAAGAGGACAAGAACUGCAGGAAAUGCUGCACAGAUAACAGAGGAGCCUCUUUGCCCAUAUUUGGGACAUUGUUUGGCAGCUAAAACCACCUCGAGGCUGCUCUCUGGAGCUUUGGUGGGAGCUGAGAAGGGGCUGGGA